UAUGUCACAAGAUGAUUCGAAGAGUGCAAAUUGCAAUGGGCCCGAAUUAGAUUGCGACAGUAUGAACGAAAGUUUUCUUAACGAGGAAUCAAAAAAUAAUUCCUGUUUAAAUUCGUCCAUCGAUGAGCAGAAUGAAUCUUUGAACUGUAUGUCACAAGAUGUUGUGGAGAGUGCAAAUUGCAAUAGGCCCAAAUUAGAUUGCGUCAAUAUGAACGAAACUUGCCUUAAUAAUGAAACUGUGCAAGACAACAUUUCAAAAAAUAUUCAUGAUACGGAUCCGUCUUACGUACCAUCAAACACUUCAUCUGAUGAAAGUUAUGUUCAACCUGUGAUAGAUCAGGCAACAAAUUCUGUUACUAAAGAAACUAACAACUCAGCAAAUACUUCUAGUGGAUUAGAAAUAUCAAUGUCACUAAACGUAUCUGGUAAAUGUGCCAGGGAUGACACUGAAAUGUUUGUUACAUCAGUUGGUGCGGGAAACAAGAAGCAUUUCUGCAUGUAUUGCAAAACGUUUCAGAGCAAAAUAGCUCGUCAUCUUGAAAGAGUACAUGCUAAUGAAUUAGAAGUACAAAAGUUUAAAAAUAUACCAAAAGGGACGAAUGAACGAAGAAAGAUCCUAGAAACGAUACGUAGACGUGGAGAUUUCUAUUUUAAUGUCGAUUGUGCAGUAAAUGAUGGUGAACUACUGGUAGAAAGACGUUCAAAAAAAGAAUACAACAGAACACCUUCUGAUUAUGUCGUAUGUCCAAAAUGUAAAGUUGUCAUUCUAAAAGUUACAAGCAGACAUCACUAUCGGAGAUGCAUUACGAUUAAAAGUAAAGAUACUAGAUCGAUAUCGGUUUUAGGAAGACAAGUGGUAGGACGUAUACAUAAUGAGGCAAGCAAUGAUCUAAGAAGACGAGUUUUCCCAAUUUUACGAGAAGACGAUACAGUAAAGGCUAUUCGUUACGAUGAGUUAGUAAUCGCAUUCGGUAAUCAACAGUGCGAAAAAUAUAAAACAUCUGAACACAAUGAUGCGAUGAUUAGACAAAAAAUGAGAAGGAUGGGUCGCCUACUUCUAGAAUUGAAAUGUAAAAAUUCUAAUAUUACGGAUUUUGCUUCCAUUUACUUCCCCCGAUACAGCAUUGCUUGCAUUGAAGCAAUCAAUAGUCUAGCCGGUUUAUCUUUGUGUGCAAAAUUUUAUAAAACUCCAUCACUGGCUUCUGCACUUGGAGGUUUGAUAAAAGAAAUGGGCAAAAUUUUGAUCAAUCGAUGCAUUAGAAACGAAGACGGAGAAAGGAAAUUACGUACCGAAGAUUUCUUGAAGGUAUUUACCGAAGAUUUUAAUACACGCGUAUCAAAAACAAUAUCAGAAACAAUGAGUAGAAAUUUGAGACGUAAAAAAAUUACGUUGCCUUCUAAGGCAGAUAUUAUUAAGCUCCAUAACUUUCUAAAACAAGAACGUGAAACAACUUAUAAUUCCUUGGAAGAAAAGUUUUCCUAUGAUGCAUGGCUUUCACUUACAAAAGCAACAUUGAUUUCAAUACAAGUCUUCAAUCGUCGUAGAGCUGGAGAGAUACAAAGGACGCUAAUCGAAGAUUAUAAAACUUAUCAAGGAAUUAAUUUUCAAACAAACGAUAUGUAUAAAGCGCUUUCACCACGUGCCAAAGAAAUUGCCAAAAAAUAUGUACGAUUCACCUUAAGAGGUAAACUUGGACGAACGGUACCAGUCUUACUAACAGCAGAAUUAAGAGACUGCAUUGAAAUGAUUUUAAAGCAUAGAAAGGCUGCGAAAGUUUCUUCAAAGAAUCCGUAUCUAUUUGGUCUUCCUUCGCUUAAAAAAGAUAAUCAUAAAUAUCUUUUAGCGUGUGACUUAUUACGGCAAUACGCAGUAGAAAGUGGCGCAGAAAAUCCAGAUACUCUUCGUGGAACUCAAUUACGGAAGCAUAUAGCAACAACAUGUAUUCAUUAUAAUCUAUCAGAAAAUGAGAUUUCAACGCUUGCAAACUUUAUGGGCCAUGCCGAUAAAAUUCAUUUAUCUCACUACAGACAACCUGUUAUAGAAAAAGAAAUCUUAGAAAUAUCUCAAUAUCUUGAAGCAGCACAAGGAGUUGAUAUGGAUGAAAGUGACAGUAAUGAUUCUGACUCUGGACUCUCAGAUAUAGAAAAUACAACGAAGACUACCACGAAAACUUACGAUGGCGAAAUUAAUGAGGGAGAACCAUCCGGGAUUUCCAACAAAAUUGCAUCUAAAAGAACCAUCCGGGAUUUUCAAGAAGAUGUAGAUGAAGAUGUUGAUGAACCUGAUACGUCGUCGGAUAUUAGUUACUUAGAUGAUAAUAUGGAAAAUGAUCAAAAUGUGGUAAAUGUAAAGAGAAAAAAGAAUCAGAAUCGUAAACUGAAGGAUUCUCAACAAAGAAAUAAGAAAUCUACUCACACAUGGACACCAGAUGAAAAACGUGUCGUUCUCGAUGCUUUUGGUCAUUACAUACAUUCCACUGACAAGAAAUUACCCACAUUCAGUGAAAUUGGAAAUCUUAUUCAAAAGCAUAAGGACUUAUUAGGACACCAAAAAGUGCCUGCGAUUAAAACAUGGGUACGCAAUCAAAAACAAAAAUAUAAAAAGGGGAUGAAAGUAUAAACACAGAAUGAUUUCGUUUUUAAAUGAUACCUUAGAACAUCAGCAAACUAUAACUAUUUCAAAAAAGAGCAAUACUUUGUAACCAUGAUUGAUCGCGACAAUAGCCGAGGUGAUCGGAGAAGUUGUGUAUAAUGUCCUGAUUCAACGGCCCCUGUCCCUGGUUGAGUGUUAAUAAUGACGUUAAUAUCUCUCACAUUGUCAAGCCAAACUGGCUCUUCGUUCAGCUUCCGACUCAUCCAUCAUUUCUCCUUAUGCAAAAUUUGGAAGACAGCAUGAUAUAUUGGUAUAAUGAUAAAUACUGAACAGAAACACUUGAAUCCAUCUGUACAUAAGAAUUGUCAAGAAACUCUACAAUCUUCACGCAUAAUUUGCGAUUCUUAGUCGAUAUGGACUAGAGUUUAGUACAAUCGCCAUUGAUAAUCUUCUUUAAUCGCGUCAAAAUUGAUUAUUUCGCUUUUUGACUUCGUUCUUUACUCAUGUACUUCUUCGUAAUACUUUAUUGAAAUCGCUGUGAAUACUCUGACAAACAUAUUUCCUAAUAGUUGAUUAUUUACAUAGAGAUAUGGUAAAUAACGCAGUAUAUAUAUCAUUCUAACAAUGAUCAAUAAGACUACAUUUAGCUGUACAGAAGAUAUAGUUUAAUAUGUACGUUGUUUUUUUCAUAUGAGCUACUUUUAUAUAAACUGCAGUUAACACUUCUUGUAUAACGUUUGUAAAUCUUGCAUAAGCAAGUGAUCUCAGUUCGUAAAACGUGCAAUUUAAUCUAAGUAUUUUGUGAUUUAGUUUAAUAUGUACGUAGCUUUUUUUAUAUUAACUACUUUAUAUAAAGUAUUUUGUGAUUUAGUUUAUGUACGUAGUAAAACAACGUAAUAUGUACGUUGUUUUUUUUAUAUUAACUACUUUAUAUAUAAGUAUUUUGUGAUUUAGUUUAAUACGUACGUUGUUUUUUUUAUAUGAACUACUUUUAUAUAAAAUACUUGUAUAUAAACUAGUUAACACUUCCUGUACAACGUUUGUAAAUCUAGCAUAAGCAAGCGAUCUCAGUUCGUAAAACGUGCAAUUUAAUCUAAGUAUUUUGUGAUUUAGUUUAAUAUGUACGUUCUUUUUUUUCAUAUGAACUACUUUUAUAUAAAAUACAGUUAACACUUCUUGUAUAACAUUUUGUAAAUCUUGCAUAAGCAAGUGAUCUCAGUUCGUAAAACGUGCAAUUUAAUCUAAGUAUUUUGUGAUUUAGUUUAAUAUGUACGUAGCUUUUUGUAUAUAAACUACUUUAUAUAAAAGUAUUUUGUGAUUUAGUUUAA